CUGCCCGAGCUGAUCCCUUCAAUCUUCCCCACAGUGUGGAGCAGCCGGCAGCGCGCACACACACUCACACACUCUCACACAGCCACAUAUACUCACUCUCACUCUCGCACACACACUCGCGCGCGCAACAAAGCAGGCAGUCGAGGGAGGCGUUUAAUAAAGAAAAGAACAUCACAGAGGAAAAACAGCAUUGCUGCACCUGGACUUUUCGGAUACUGCAGUCUGCCUGGAGUUUGUGCCGUUUCCUGUGUGCCUCGUAACCUCACGGCUCACAUCUGGUCCUGUCAGCUACGCGUGCAGAGAUCCAAAUCCGACGACUGUCUACAUUGCCGCUUUGUGCAUCCGCCAGACGAGAACAAAGUGUGCGACUGGGAUAUCUGACAAGCUCCUCUGGGAACCGACGCUGCACCGACUGUCAGAGAGAAAGAGAGAGAGAGUGAGAAAGAAGGAGCAAGAUAGAUAGAAAGAGAGAGAGAGUCAAAGUCAGGGCAUGAGCAGGAGAAUAGAAGCCGGUUUUCUGGAGAAGUGAUCGCCACAGUGCCCCCUCCUCUUCCCGCACCUCCUUCCUUCCUUCUCUCCUCUCUCCUGUGCCGCUGCUCCUUCUUUCUUUGCGCACACCUCCGCUGCUAUCCCAUCCUCGUACCUCCGCUCUCCUUCCAUCACCUCCUCCUCCCCUGCUCCUGAAGACGGCGUGAAGAGGAGAGGCACGGCACACACACACUUGCCUGUGUGCCAUAUCAUCUCAUUCUCUCUCUCCAUCCUUCCUCUGGCUCCGUCCCUCUCGCGGAUCUAGCCUCUAGCCGUGGAACCACAAGCGGAGGCUUUUUGAGUUGUUGGAUCCCACACGCGAGUCUCUGUAUCCAGCCACAGCCAGAAGGAUUACAGCUACAUGGGCAAACGCUUGGAACAGCAACCAAUGUACCCCCAGUACACUUACUAUUACCCUCACUACCUUCAGACUAAGCAGUCAUAUGCCCCGCCCCCUCCUCCCAUGGCUCCGCCCAGCCCCAGCACCAAUAGCAGCAGCCACAGUGCAGCGGAGCAGCUCAGUAAAACCAACCUGUUCAUCCGGGGCCUUCCGCCUGGCACCACCGACCAGGACCUCAUCAAACUCUGCCAACCGUAUGGAAAAAUAGUGUCAACAAAGGCAAUCCUGGACAAAAACACCAACCAGUGCAAAGGAUAUGGCUUUGUGGAUUUCGACAGUCCGGCGGCGGCACAGAAAGCUGUAGCGUCCCUGAAGGCCAGUGGCGUGCAGGCACAGAUGGCAAAGCAACAGGAGCAGGACCCCACUAACUUGUACAUCUCGAACCUCCCGGUUUCAAUGGAUGAACAAGAGCUGGAGAACAUGCUGAAGCCCUUCGGACAUGUCAUCUCCACACGGAUACUGCGAGACGCCAAUGGGGUCAGCCGAGGGGUCGGCUUCGCCAGAAUGGAGUCCACCGAGAAAUGUGAUGUGGUGAUUCAACAUUUCAACGGAAAGUUCCUCAAAACCCCACCAGGAGUACCAGCCCCGACGGAGCCGCUGCUGUGCAAGUUUGCAGACGGAGGACAGAAGAAGAGGCAGAGUCAGAGCAAGUACCCUCAAAACGGCCGACCGUGGCCUCGGGAAGGAGAGAGUGGCAUGGCGCUGACCUAUGACCCCACUGCAAUGCAGAACGGGUUCUACUCCUCACCAUACAGCAUCUCCACAAACCGCAUGAUCGCUCAAACGUCAAUCACUCCAUUCAUCGCUGCCUCUCCUGUCUCCACAUAUCAGGUCCAGAGUACGUCGUGGAUGCCUCACCAACAGUACGUUAUGCAACCUACGGGUGCUGUGAUAACGCCAGCCAUGGACGAGGUGAGUUUCUGGGUGACUGCAAAUCCAUUCACAGGUCCAACUGAUUAG